CUUGUGCAAUUUGUAGUUGGGUCGAUGGCGCUACGGUACAUGCUUGCGUCAACUGGCUAGCGGCGAUCCUCCCAGGAGUUUGCGUCUGGACAUGGCGCGGCCUGGACUUGAAGCCACCGUGCUGCACAAACGACAGGCGGCCCCGAGAUGCUGCAUGGACGAGGCGAUGCUACAUUCUGCAUGCCUUUGCCUAUGGACGGCGCUGCCUCUGGGUAUGGCCCUUCCAAAGAGAGGAAUGGUGGCCAGUAUGAGAGCACAGAGGAGCACGAGCAAUGCGGCUUGAACUCGAGACAGCUGGUGUGGUGACUCACUUGGUGACUCACUACUAGGCCUGCUGAGUCAUUCCCGUUCGAUCGUCUGCACCGUGUGAAUGGCCGCGACAUGCCUCUUUUGCGCCAACCCGGCGCCGCCCGGCCGCACCAAGUGCACCUUCCACCGCCACCGCGCCGUGUGCAUCGGCGCGCCCGGCUGCACCAACCAAGUGUACGCGCGCCAGCGCUGCGUCCGGCAUGGCGGCAAGCGGCGCUGCCACGUCGAGGGCUGCGAGAGCUACGCUCGGAACCGCAACCUGUGCUUUCACCACGCCGCGUCCGUCUUGCCGCCCAAAACGUGCGCCGUCGACGGCUGCGAGAAGCGCGCGCACGCCAAGAACAAGUGCUUGCCCCACAGCGGCGUCCGACGCUGCCGGGCCGAGGGCUGCCUCCUCUACGCCCGCCACGCCGGCUACUGCACCCACCACCGCCAAGAGACCCCGCCAGCCUCGCCAGCAAAAAGUACAUUCGUCGUCAAGAGUAAUGACGCCGAUGGGGACGAUGACAGCGGGUGGUUUGAGGACGUCUGGAGCCGGGUCCCGUACCCCCCGCUCGCAACCACAUUCUAACACGACCACGCAGAAUGAUGACAACUUGUAUGGA